AAUGGUGUGGUUUGUUUAUUCUCCGGAUUUGUCCUUGCUGAGCGUAAGCAAUCUUGGGAAGCACAGUAUUGAUCGAUAUGCCUGAUUCCGGUAACCUGCGUCCUUACUACGAUGCUGAUACCUUCCAUGGUGGCUACUCGGCAGUGUAUCGUCCUGGUGUCGGUGUCAUUGAUGAGCACGGCCGGACAAUAGCGUCUAAGCUCUCAUCGGCUACACGUAACAGCACGCCAUCGACGGUGUCGAUGUUCAAGGCACAGGCCCACGGAGCGGGCUAUGGCUCGGGCAGAGGCCCUGUUGUGAACUACGACAACAUCCAGAAGAGCUACUCUGACCUGGAAUUCACGGAAUACUUUGACUACUCGAACGUUGUUGAACUGGUGAAAUCGCUGACACAAUCGUUGCUGCGGAACUAUGCCAAAAUCGUCGUUGCACAACCUUUUGAGGUUUCAAGGCUAAUCUUACAAGUUGGUGAUAUCUCCACUAUUGAUGGCCAUACCAGCUCGCUGAAGCAGUUCCAUUCCGGGAAACCGCGUGAUACGGAUAGUUUUAUGGAGGAGGAUGAAGAUAUCGCCGAUGGGGGUGACGAUGACCCUGACGAGGAAGACAUUGACUAUUUUGUUCCACGGGAUGAGGAGCGUAAGAGAACCCGUGUUGUGAGAAGAAACGUCCAGAAGAGUGUGUCCUCGCCAUCUGUACCACAGACUCCUCAUAAAGGACCAAAGCACUUGACUCCAAUGACUUUGAACACUAUGGAUGUGAUGAGCUCCUUGCUCUCUCAGGAAGGGGUUAGGGGUCUUUGGAGGGCUACAAACACCACUUUCGUCUACAACACAUUAAAUGCCACUCUAGAGGCUUGGAUCACCGGGUUUGUAUCGAUUUUCUUAUCCAUUCCAGACCCUUUCUUUGUCGAGGUGGCGCAUUCUCCACGGCCAACGACAACCCUGAUGCUUUCAUUAGGUGCCAGUGUCUUAACAGCACUGAUACUGGCCCCACUGGAUCUCAUCCGCACAAGACUCGUCAUCACCAAGAUCGAAGGCAACGAGAGAUCGCUGAGAAAUAGCAUCAAACACCUGAAGUUUAGCACUUGUCCCUUAUCGCUUGUGGUGCCUACUGCACUCAACUCCUUGGCUUCGACGCUCAACAAGAAACUCACGCCAUAUCUCCUAACCGUUAAACUCGGUGUUGAUUCUACAGUGUCCCCAUCCUUGUACGGAUCCCUGAGCCUGCUGGCUUCCGUGAUCUUCCUCACAAUCAAACUGCCAGUGGAGACGCUAUUGCGUAGGGCUCAGAUCUCAUAUAUGAUGAAAAGAGCCCGUGGCUCUUCAAACAAGCUCAAGAUCGAUAACCAAGGACAGCUGAUCGUCAAGUUCGGUGGCUACUCAGGCAUUUUCACGACGCUCUGGGACAUCUUUUACUCAAAAGGGGAGAAUAGCGGAUUGGAAGGAAUCUUUAGGGGCUGGCGUGUCGGCGUUCUGAACGUCAUUGGCAGUUGGGGACUAGAACUGUUGCGUAACAACUACGACGAUCAAGUGGAGGAGAAGUUCUAGUCCAUGUUCAAUUGUACAUACACAUAAGCAGUAUUAUCUUAAGCUCUCUGGUCAUUUCUUAGCGUUGAUGUAAUUUGCUCGCCUGUGUCUUUUUUGGCUGCCCACACCACACACGCUCAUCGCAACUAAUUGGAGUUAUCCUUCUCACCACACACACUCACCGAGAACACGCACAAGCAGACACAACUAGACAUCCGCUUGAUGGCAGAGUGACUCGGAAUGUCGGAAUCAAGUAGCAACAGUCACAGUGGCAUCAUUGGAGGAAGAGACCCCCUGGAAUAUGAUCCAGAUACGCCCAUCACACUGUUCUUGUUCCAGGCUGUGUUCAUCAUCGCACUGUGUCAGAUCAUCCAUAUACCACUGGGAUACAUGAGACAGCCUAGAGUCAUCGCA